AUGGACCUCGACGACCCCCUCUCCGAGAUCCUCCUCCGCCUGCCCCCGCUGCCGUCCUCGCUCCCCCGCGCGUCCCUCGUCUGCACCCGCUGGCGCCGCCUCGUCACCGACCCCAGCUUCUUGCGCCUCGGCGUCUUAUUUGGAGGAGACAAAGAUCUCUCCUUCAGCUUCUUCUUGGGCCCGCGGGACUCCGCCCCGCCGGAGCGCUUCUCCGUGUGCGUGCCACGCGAGUGCCACGAGGGCGGGGCCGGGGCCGGCCGCAAUGACUGCAUCUGGAAAUUCUGGGGCUGCCGCCAUGGGCGCGUGGUCCUCGCCAACCGCAGUGGCUAUGGCUACGGCACCCGCCAGAUCCUGGUGUGGAACCCCGUCACAGGGGAGGACCAUCUCCUAGGAGUUUCGCAGUUCUCGGGUUCUAAUCAGAGCCCGUACGGGUUACAUAUGCAAGCGGCAGUAAUCUGUGCCUCCGGCCACAAUGGACCCUUCAAGCUUGCUUUGGCGUGGGAGGACACUCAGGACAGGAGCGGCAGCGCACAUAUCUGCGUCUACUCGUCAGAGACCGGUGUAUGGGGCAAUGUCGCCUCCACAGCAAUACUCAAGCCCUGGUUCAUUGUUGGCCGUGGAAAUGUCAUGGUUGGGAACACUCUAUACUGGAUUCUAUUUGGCGGUCGGGUUCGCAUCCUUGAAUUUGAUUUGGAUAGCCAGAACCUAUCUGUGAUAAAGGUGCCACAAGCCGCCAAUGAAUAUGAAAACCAUUGUGGCGUCUUCCUGUGUACGCUAGCAAAGGGUGGUGGCCUUAGUUUGAUGGUUAUGUCAGAGAACCUCAGAGGUCAACUUUGGGUGUGGGAGAAGACGGCUGAUGGUGUUUUUCAAUGGAUGCUUGGAGGAACAAUUGAACUGGACAUGCUUCUUUCACUGAGAUCAGAGGGGCACCAAUCAAUACUUUGGCUUGAAGGGGACGAUAAUGUCAUGUUUGUGUCAACAUAUAAAGGCAUCUUCAUGGUCCAUCUCCAGUCAAUGCAGUUUGAGAAGAUUUUCGAAACCGGUCCUGUCAGCUUCCAUUCAAGUAUCUACAUGCUCCAGGUAAUAGCUUACAUUUACGUUGCUAAUAUACCAAACAAAAGCUUGGUUCUUUUCCUAUAA